UUGGGAAAGCCGUGGCGCCCGAGAGUUACUUCUGUGGUGCUGCAGCUCCAGCCUCCGGCAGCUGGGAGUCUGGUGGAAGUCAGCGGCGCAAGCCUUCCUUCAUCAAGUCGGCCUGGAUGGCAGGGACACACUGGUGCAAAGACUGCCGAAACUACAAGCAUUAUUGGCUGCAAGUGCUUUUUGGACCGUGGGACGGAUGAAAGGUGGAAGCGGUAGGAAGCCCAGCUGGGCUGUUGCUGCUCUGUUUAUCCCAGUUACCCUGCUGGUGCUUUCCUCCAAGGGGGCAUCGAGCAGCCAGAAGAUGACACAAACAUCUAUGGCUCAUGCAACAGCCGCGGCUGCAGGACCAGGCCCGAGCCUGACAGAUGACCUCCCAGGCCUCCGAGCAGUAGCAGACUUCUUAGCCAGCGAACAUGCUCAUGUUUGGAUCUUGUCCCUAGUGGGAUCUGUUGCUGUAGGCCUCAGUGGGAUUUUCCCCCUACUUGUUAUUCCCAUCGAAGCUGGAGCAGCCCUCAAAACAGAAGCUGGAUGCCAGAAGCUAAAGCAGCUCUUGAGCUUUGCUAUUGGUGGUCUCCUUGGUGAUGUAUUCCUUCACCUCCUUCCUGAGGCUUGGGCGCGCUCUGGCUCUUCAGCUAGUAAACAAGACCACUACAUGACCCAGGGCCUGUGGGUAAUCUUUGGUCUGUUGUCCUUCCUGCUCCUGGAGAGGAUGUUCUCAGACCAAGACAGCCAGGAGGAUCCCACUUCUGACUCAGACCUGAAUUUUAAUUCUGCUACACAGUCUGAGACAGUUUUCAGUAGAAAUUCAGUGGUAUCACUCAGAAAUGGGCACCAUGCAGAGUCAUGGAAAUCCUCCAAGCAACAGAGUCUGCAGGAAAGAUCAGAGAAAAUCAAGGCAAGUGGAUACCUAAAUCUACUGGCCAACUGCAUCGACAACUUCACCCAUGGCCUGGCAGUAGCAGGGAGUUUCCUGGUUAGCAAAAAGGUUGGGUUCCUCACCACCUUUGCCAUCCUGCUCCAUGAAAUCCCCCACGAGGUGGGAGACUUUGCCAUUCUUCUAAGGGCCGGGUUUGACCGGUGGAGUGCUGCUCGCAUGCAGCUGUCCACAGCGCUGGUCGGGGUCUUGGGAGCUUGCUUUGCUCUGUGCGCUCAGUCACCAAAAGGAACAGAAAAUGCCACUUCCUGGAUAUUGCCUUUCACUUCUGGAGGCUUCCUCUACAUAGCCUUGGUGAAUGUGGUGCCUGACCUGCUAGAAGAUUCCAGUUUAAGGCACUCCCUACUGCAGAUCCUGCUCAUUUUCUGUGGCGUGGCUGUAAUGGCUCUGCUCUCUGCCGUUGUUGACUGAACAUGGAGGGAACCCCCUCACUUUACCAAACACUAAUACUCAGCACAGGAGAGAAAUCCUGUUCUCCACCAACCUCUCUUGUCUGGUACCUCUCAUUCAACAAAGAGACUACAUCUCUUUGAUAUCAUUACACUAAAAAACAAACAUCUGUCAAAACAUCGGCACUUUAUGGAUGGAUGAAAGCAACACCGUCUCCAUCUUCUGACAGGACACUUGUGUGGAAACAAAUUCUACCAGAGUUAAAUAUCGAGGGAAUUAAAAGAGAUUGUAUGGAUAUCUGUUACCAAAUUGUCUUAAAUUGUGGAUCAGACAAUCAUGUUUUUUUUUUUUUGCACAUACAUUUACACAGGUGCACCUGAUGUACCUGCUCAACACAAGAGAUAUUAUUGGACCUUCUUUAAAAUGUAUUCAACCUUAUUGUUACUGUUGUGCAUCUUCUGUUUCUGAUGUAGCUGCUGCAUAUUUAUUGGAAAUGAGACAAGCGCCAUACAGCGUUAUCAGAUGUGCACCACUAAAUCAUUUUGUUUUGUUAAGAACUAAGUGCCAAGAAGUCAGGAUGGUCUGUUACACUAGUAUCAGGUCUACACCAAAGUACUUUAUUUUAUUUUAUUUUUCUGUUUGUAUUUUCCCCACACAGUACAAUCUGCACUGUUUUGAGCACAUGUUGGUGCUCUGACGAAACGCUUGAGUAAAUAUUUGUGUUAAAAAAAGAUUGGUACUGUUUGUUAAUAUAUUUGAAUUUUAUUUGUUGGCAAUAAUUUUGGGAGACUGGGGACAGAUUUCAACUCAGUUAACCAUUCAGAAUUAUUAACAUCACUAUGUUGUUCAUACACUCCUCAGUGAAAGUGUGCAGCCCUGAAUAAUUAAAUAUAUAUCUAUAUAAAAAA